CACAGGGAACAUGGCGGCGGCCGUGGUGCAGCACCGGGACUGAGUGACAGCAGCUGGGCGCGCUUCUUCCCAGGAGGGGACUCAACUCUCCUCCACCCGCUCCUGUCCCCAGCAUCACCGGCUUUGCUCACGUCCCCUCCGUGCAGCGUUUUGCUGGGACGGAAGGGAAUGACGGGACCCGGGUCCCUUCCCAGCCGUGCUCUGUGCUUGGGGGCCAGGUCCUAGCCGAUUCUGGGCGCACUCCCUCACCUGGGCGUCCAUUCUUCUUUCUCCAGUCUCCUUCCCUUGCAGGUGAGAUCGUCGGUGGAACCGGAGCGCGGGCGGGCGCGCCCCCCCGCCCGACCCCUACCGGGGACCAUGGCCGGAUCCGACACGGCGCCCUUCCUCAGCCAGGCGGAUGACCCGGAUGACGGGCCGGUGUCCGGCACUCCGGGAUUGCCAGGUUCCAUGGGGAUCCCGAAGUCCACGGAGCCUGAGGUCCCGGACCAGGAGGGGCUGCAGCGCAUCACGGGUUUGUCUUCGAGCCGUUCGGCUCUCAUAGUGGCCGUGCUGUGCUACAUCAACCUCCUGAACUACAUGGAUCGCUUCACCGUGGCCGGCGUCCUUCCAGACAUCGAGCAGUUCUUCAGCAUCGGGGACAGUAGCUCCGGCCUCAUCCAAACCGUGUUCAUCUCCAGUUACAUGGUCUUGGCACCUGUGUUUGGCUACCUGGGUGACAGGUACAAUCGGAAGUAUCUCAUGUGCGGGGGCAUUGCCUUCUGGUCCCUGGUGACACUGGGGUCAUCCUUCAUCCCCAGAGAGCGUUUCUGGCUGCUCCUCCUGACCCGGGGCCUGGUGGGGGUCGGGGAGGCUAGUUACUCCACCAUCGCGCCCACCCUGAUCGCCGACCUCUUCGUGGCAGACCAGCGGAGUCGAAUGCUCAGCGUGUUCUACUUUGCCAUCCCCGUGGGCAGUGGUUUAGGUUACAUUGCAGGCUCCAAAGUGAAGGAUGUGGCCGGGGACUGGCAUUGGGCCCUGAGGGUGAGUCUGGUCAUGGCAUGGGGAGGGUUAGGGGUGGUAGCUGUCCUGUUGCUGUUCCUGGUAGUACGAGAGCCACCCAGAGGAGCUGUGGAGCGCCACUCAGACUCACCACCCCUGAGCCCCACCUCAUGGUGGGCAGAUCUGAGGGCUCUGGCCAGAAAUCCUAGUUUCAUCCUGUCUUCCCUGGGUUUCACUGCUGUGGCCUUCGUCACGGGCUCCCUGGCCCUCUGGGCCCCAGCGUUCCUGCUGCGUUCCCGUGUGGUCCUAGGGGAGACACCGCCCUGCCUUCCUGGAGACUCCUGCUCUUCCUCUGACAGUCUCAUCUUCGGGCUUGUCACCUGCCUGACUGGCAUCCUGGGUGUGGGCCUGGGUGUGGAGAUCAGCCGCCGCCUCCGCCGCUCCAACCCCCGGGCUGACCCGCUGGUCUGUGCUGCUGGCCUCCUGGGCUCCGCACCCUUCCUCUUCCUGUCCCUUGCCUGUGCCCGGGGUAGCAUCGUGGCCACCUAUAUCUUCAUCUUUAUUGGAGAGACCCUUCUGUCCAUGAACUGGGCCAUCGUGGCUGACAUUCUCCUGUAUGUGGUGAUCCCCACGCGACGCUCCACCGCUGAGGCCUUCCAGAUUGUACUGUCCCACCUGCUGGGUGAUGCUGGGAGCCCCUACCUCAUCGGCCUGGUCUCUGACCGCCUCCGCCGGAGCUGGCCCCCCUCCUUCCUGUCCGAGUUCCGAGCCCUGCAAUUCUCACUCAUGCUGUGUGCCUUCGUCGGGGCGCUGGGUGGCGCAGCCUUCCUGGGCACCGCCAUCUUUAUUGAGGGUGACCGCCGGCAGGCUCAGCUCCACGUUCAGGGUCUGUUGCAUGAGGCAGGCUCCACGGAUGACCGCAUUGUGGUUCCCCAGAGAGGCCGUUCCACCCGGGUCCCCGUGUCCAGCGUGCUCGUCUGAGGUGCCGUCACUCGCCUGUCUGCACAUCAGUCACCAAUGGCCUGGGCUGCCCCAUGCCGUGCCCGGCUGAAACCCUCAGCCUGCCCAGCUUCAGAGGAAGCUGUGGGUUGUGUCCCAGCUUCCAGAUACUACAUGGGCAGCCCGGGGAGGAGUGGGGGACCGGGAGUGGUAUCCCUUCUGUCGGGGCAGCCCAGGGGCUCGGUGCUAUUUGUAAUGAAAUAAAAUUUGUA